AAGGUAAGUGACAGUUUGGGAGAAUUACCAAAGGAUGAAGGCGAUCUCAGAGUUCCAUGCUUUGCCUCUUUUGUCUUUACCUUAUUCGUCGUCUCUCAUUCUUUGAAUCCCCAUUUUCUCAUUCGUCCUCACUUCCAUUUCUUUUCUUAUCUCACUCGCUCUCUGAGACAAUGGUCUCUCCUCUGCGUUUUCUCUCUGCGUGAACAACCAAGAGAGAACCUUAUCGUUCCGUCGACAUUGAAAAUCGAGAGAGAGAGAGGUGUUGAUUUGGUUAGGUCUAAUAUUGAUUCGGAUGAAGGGAAGAGAUGGUGACUGAUAGCUACAUGGAUACGAGAUCAAAUUUGACAAGUGUGAAUCGAGGAUCCAAUGUGGAUCUCGAGGAUCGAUUCCAGAGGGAGCUCGAAUCUUUGCUCCAACAACAUCGUAAUCGGCAAACAUUUGGCCGAGAGAGAGAACGAGACAUUGAUGUUCACAGAAGCGGAAGCGCGCCUCCUACGGUGGAAGGUUUGUUGAGGGCUAUGGAUAAUCAGUACUGGAACAAUAAUAACUCUGAUCAUAGAGAUGUUGGGAAUGUUAACAGUUUUAGCACUAGCAAUGGCGUUGAGCUUUUGUCUGAUGAUGAGCUACGUUGGCACCCUGAGUAUCUCUCUUAUUACUAUUCGAAUGAACAUUCCAAUCCGAGGUUGCCUCCUCCGUUGUUGUCUAGAGAGGAUUGGAGGGUUGCUCAGAGGUUUCACAACAGUGAGUCUGUGUUUGAUCCUGUUGGGGAAUGGAGGAAGAAAGCGGUUGAAGUCGACAACUCCUCAUCGCUCUUCUCGGUUCAGCCAGGGGUUCCAGUUGAGCAGGCAGAGAAUGAUUUGAUGGAACUGAGGAAUGCUGUAGCUCAGGGCCGCUCUCAGAAGGUGCAGCGGCUAGAUCAAGGCAGAGAAGAUUUUAUUGGAUUAUCUGGAUAUCCUGGGCUUGGACCGAGAAGGAAGAGUUUCGCCGAUAUACUUCAGGAAGGACUUGAACGGGAUGCAACCUUAGGCAGCCAACUCUCUCGGCCUGCAAGCUGCAACACUUUUCGGGACAUGAAAGAUUCUGCUGUUUUAUCGAAUUUCAGUGCUGGUGGAUUCGACAGCCCAUUAGCAUUCCAUGAAUCAUUACAUGCUACUGCCAAAAACAGUCCAAAUACUAUGCUUGGCUCCACCACGAGUUCCCCAGUGCCAAGAAAUAGAACUCCUGACUCACAUCUAGUAGGGCGAUCUCCGGCCUCUGGCCUUCCCCCUAUUGGUACCAGGGUCGGUCCUGUCGAGAAAAAGAAUACUUUUGGCACAGCCAUCCAAAACUCUGAAUCUUACACUGCUGCCGAUGUUGCCGACACAUUGUCGAGGUUGAGCAUGUCAGAGAUGAGUCAAGUAAAAGCCCACCAUAUGCAGUCACAGCUUCAAGUGGAAUUGGAGAAUCAAUCUGAUGUCAUGCGUUACAUACCCAAUGGUCAUAAGAAGGCUUUGCGGCAACAAGAUAUUGCU